AUGGAGCUCUGGGUGGAUGGCCUGGCUGGCGCUGAACAUGGCGUCCGCACAAUACAGGCCAUACGCCCACGGCUCCAUCAAUGGAGCGUACGAAAGUACGGAUCCCUCACCUUCCGGAUCACACAGGUGCUGUCCGGUCAUGGAUGUUUCGGACGGUACCUGUGCCGGAUUGGGAGGGAAGAGACAGCGUCGUGCCAUGGGUGUGGCGCUGAAGAGGACACGGCGCAGCACACCCUAGAGGUGUGCACAGCCUGGUCCAACGAGCGCCGCACCCUGGUAACGGAAAUUGGCGGUGACCUCUCGCUUCCCAGCGUUAUAGACGCCAUGUUGGGAAUAUUUUUAUUUGUACUGAAUAAAAAAGUUGGAUGGAUUGCUAAAUCUCUAACGAUGGAGCAAAAGAGGAUAAAGGAUGUUGAAAAGAUGAACAAGGAAAACUGA